UAUAUUCCUAUGAUACUUAAUUUAUACGUAAUAUGCGUUAUGAAUUAUAAUAAUCAUUUAAAUAUACAGGGUGGUUGGUAACUGGUGGUACAAGCGGAAAGGGGGUGAUUCUAGGCGAAAAAAGAAGUCGAAAAUAUAGAAUACAAAUUUUUCGUUCGAGGCUUUGUUUUCGAGAAAAUCGACUUUGAAUUUUCGCUCGGUACGCGUGCACUUUAUCGCGUCUCGUUAUAACGGAUCUCACUGUAGAUCGUUGUCUCGAUGGAAAAAUAAAAAAAAAAAAAUUUUAUUCUAUAUUUUCGACUUCUUUUUUCGCCUAGAAUCACCCCCUUUCCACUUGUACCGCCAGUUACCAACCAUCCCGUAUACAUAGAGCGAUACAUGCAAUCGUAUUCAAAUAUAAUAAAAUAAUUGUGAAAUAUAUGAUUAUAAUUUCAGAUACACUGUUAUUACCAUAAAUUAUAAUAAUAUAAGAGAACACAGUAUAUAAAUAUGCAACAUUCAAUCUCCAUUACUAAAUCUGGAACUUAAUUAGCGUUCAAUCAUUUUUAAAACAUAAUAAGUAGAACAAGCUCUGUUUCUCUUUUCCGUACUAUAUUUCCAUGCAUAACAGUAAUAUAAUAUUUUUUAUUGAAUAUCUAUAAAUUAUGAAAAUAUUAUUGUAAGCUAGCGACGUUACUCUAAAUUUACUCAGUUCUCUACACAAAAGUCCGGUCUAAAAUCGUGUACUCAAGAAAUGGACAGAUAUCUCGUGGAAUGACCGAUUUACAGGCAUGCUCUAUCAAUAAAUAAAUUAACGAUCAAUAAAUAACGAGCGUAGUCAGACACAAGCCUCGUCGAAUAACGAGACAAAGAAACGAAUAAGCUUGGAUUUUAAACGUACGGAACAGAGCGUAACUUUCGUUAUCUACUACUUUUGCAUGGGUGGAGGUUCGCAGAAAGAUUCCUCAGGGUACGCGUGAUUAUAGCCGAAGAACAAUCAUGCAGUAUACUCCGCGACACUAGCUGAUUAACACACACUUAGAGAUACACGAAACGUUUAACAAAAUCUGUCAAAGGACAAUAUUCCUAUGAAUAAACAUCGUGACGCGAGACUUCCUAUAAAAUCAAUGGAAUUAUAGGUAUUUUCACAGAAAACGGUAUACCUCAACACGAUUCCAAGAAACGUUCGACUAUCUUUGUAUCGUUUCGACAUUGAUACAGAAUAAAGCUUGCUUUUAUCAAUUAAACGUAGAAUAAAGACGUUAAUGAUCUUUAAGAUUUUUCUUUAAGAAACUUUAUUCGCGGAAGACAUCGCGUGUGCGUAAUUUCUUCGUUCGAUUUAACUGGCGGGGUAUCGUAACCUGUGAGGGAAAGAAAUCGACGAAAUGGCCAAUAAAAAAGAACUGAUAUCAUGCCGGGACGUGCUUUGGUAUCUUGUUUUCUGCGGUUUCGCUAUAAAUUAUAUGCUGCGGAUCAACUUGAAUCUGACGAUAGUAGCGAUGGUAAUACCUCGUCCAAAGCUGGCAACAAAUUCUCAAUGUGACAUCGAAAAUCUACGGUUAUACAAUAAAACAGACGAUAGUAACAACACACUUGAGACUACAAUAUCUGCUACAUCACACUCGAAGCGAGAUACUAUUGACGAUGAUCGAUUUGCAUGGACCGAGCAUCAGCAAGGUUUAGCUUUGGGAGCUUACUACUGGUUGCAUUGGACAUCGCAACUUCCUGGAGGGCUUCUAGCAAGACGUUAUGGUACAAAACUUGUUUACGGCUUAGGAAAUCUCUUAACAGCGAUUCUUGGCUUCUUUAUUCCGUUUAUGACCCAUCACCACCUUUAUGCUCUUGUGACACUACGGGUUCUCCAAGGCCUGGUCGCGGGUGUUGUAUGGCCUUCUAUGCAUGACAUGACCGCCAAAUGGAUUCCUCAGAAUGAGAGAAGCAAAUUUGUUAGUUCCUAUUUGGGUAGUUCUGUCGGUGCUGCUAUAACUUAUCCCCUUUGCGCAGUUGUUAGUAGUACAUUCGGUUGGGGCACUGCAUUUUAUAUAACAUCAUUACUUGGAGUUAUUUGGUACUGUUUCUGGCUAUUCCUCAUACACGACUCACCUCAGCAACAUCCUCGAAUAUCUGACGAAGAGAAAAAAUAUAUUUUGGAACAUCUUGGUAGUUCGAUCGACGAAAAACAAACUGUUAUACCUUGGAAACAUAUACUGACAUCUGGUCCAGUUUGGGUUACAAUCGCAGCUCACUGGAGCGGAGCGUGGGGCUUUCUCACCCUAAUGACUCAAGCUCCAACUUACUUUAACUUCAUUCACGGAUGGAAUAUCAACGCGACUGGACUUUUGUCUGGAGCGCCGCAUAUACUAAGAAUGAUUUUCUCGUAUUAUUACUCGAUCAUGAGCGACUGGCUCAUACGUACCAACAAAAUGAGUUUAACCAACGUUAGAAAACUGGCUUUGUUCGUAUGUACUGGUUUGCACGGGAUUUUCAUCUUGGCUUUGGGCUAUAGCGGGUGUCAUCCGACGCUCGCGGUGGUCUUCGUGAUGGCGGGAACAGCUGUAACUGGUGCGAUAUCCGCUGGUCCCUUGGCCACUUUUGUGGAUUUGAGUCCGAAUUAUGCUAGUAUUCUUCUUGGAUUUUGCGGAAUGAUAGUAAUAGCCUCUGGAUUCAUUUCACCAGCAGUAGUUGGUAUUUUGACGAACAAUAAUCAAACUGUAUCGCAAUGGCGAUUAGUUUUCAUCAUAGCUGCUGUUAAUUCUAUCGUCGGGACUGUUAUAUGCUUGAUCUUUGGAACAUCGAAAGAACAACCAUGGAAUAAGUAUGGUAAGUCAAACAAGCAAAAUGCGCAAGAAUUGCAGAAAUUGACAGUGACGCCAUUUAUAAAAAUCGAAGAGGAAAAUCAAAAAAAGGAUACGAGCGAAAAAGAUGGAAUGGUUACGGAUGAACAAGAGAAAUAAAUACACAUGUGUCCGAGUUAUUUGUAAAAUGAAAUAAAAUACAACAUGUGUUCACGACUAACGAUAAUAACAAUAACGUUUACCUCGGUUUUUCGUGAUUUGCAGUUGAAGGAAUUACCAACUGAAAGAAUUCUGAUAAGAAGAGAAAUUAGAGAAAAAAAUGAAAGGGAAACGUAUUGUUCAAAAUUUCAUACCUCUCAAUUUUUAGAAGACUGAUCAAAUGUCGCGUAUCAUAAUAAAUUACAGAUCAUGCUCUAAUUUUGAAUAUCAACGUAUUCUAAUCAAGAAUUUCACAUUAAUUUCAUCGAAUUCAUAGAAAGAUCUAGUGUUUUAUGUUUUGCUUAAUAAACUUAAAUUACUGUGUCUUCCUAAUAUCUUUACAAGUUGUUAAAUGUGAAAAAUUAUAAUAGUCCACAUAUUUCCACAUAAAAAUGUUGAACGAUUUAGUUUACUAAAACAAUUUAACAUUAAGUAUAAAAAUAAAUUAUUUAACAGGUUGAUUUUAUCGUCUAAACACAUCAACUCUGAGUAUAUGAUAUAUUGCGCGGAAAUUGAAAUCCUUAAUAUAAAAAAUAGAAAGAAAUGUGUAGGAAAAAGAAAGACAAACAGCAAUUGAUCAUGCGAGAUACUUGCUGUAUAAGUUUGUGAGUUUUUGAUAGUCUACACAAAAAUAAAUAGUUUCUUUGUUUCAUUAAAAUUAAGUAAAAUUAAGAAACAGAACUUCUGAAACUAUUGCAACUGUUUGCAUUCUAAUAACAACAUGUAUGAGCGCGAUAAAAAUACAUGAACUUUCGUUCUGAAGAAAAUCGUCAUGAAAUACUGAAGAUCACUCAAGUGUGACAUACCGAUUUUGAUGAAACUUAGUAGACACAUACCAUAGCAAAAAUAUUUGUAUAAUUUAAUUUGUAUAAUAGAAUUUUUAUA